AUGGACUCAGCAAACCCCUGCUUCAACCCCUCCCCAGAACCUCCCAUUCUCGAAUGUCAUGGCUUGGCCCUCGUUUUAUUAAAACAGCCAACGAAAGGCGGCCAAGGUGUCGAGAGAGCUCCGUCAGAGAGCGAUGCGAGUCCGCAAGAAUCAAAUCAUCACGAAGAGGAUCCCAACGACAAUGCUUCACCGAGCGCGUCAGGGAUCCUGGGUCCCGUCCUCGUACUCUACUUCAGAGUCUGGCUCCUCUCCGUAAAUAGCACCAUGGUCAUCGCCGUGUAUAACACCAUCAGCUCCGAUUUGGGCCACUUUCAAGAUGCUACGUGGAUCCUGGCCUCGUAUCGACUGGGCCUGGGGCCUGCUCAACCGUUGUACGGCAAACUCAGCGACAUCUUUGGGUAUCGAGUCGUGCUUACAUUUGCCUAUACACUAUUCGGCAUCGGCUGCAUUCUCUAUAGUCGGGGUAGGUAUCUAUCCGAACUCGCCCUUGGUCGCGUCGUGGCAGGCAUGUCUGGAGCGGGGAUGAGAAGCCUUGUCUCAAGUUUGAUCCUGUCUCUGGUCCCGUUGCGCGAGAUGGCCGUACGGCGGUCGUGGAUGUAUGUGAUGGUUACGAUUGGGAGAAGCGUUGGCGCGCCUUUGUGGUGUAUCUUGGCGGAUACGAUUGGCUGGCGAGGUUCAUUUGCUUGUCAGGCUCCCUUGGCCGUGCUGGCUCUAAUCCAGGUGUGGUGGAAGCUCCCGACUGACUCUGAACACAACGCCAGCGCAAGAGCAGAUGGCAGCCCGAAAGCCAGCGAGGGAUCUCUGUCUAAGCUCCGCCGCGUCGACUUUCCCGGCGCAAUUCUUCUUGCCACUUUCAUUGUGGCAUUCCUGCUUGUUUGGAAAUUCGCCAGCAAGAGGCUUAUGGUCACAAAUCCACUGAUCAUCCGCCUGUUCGUUCUUUGA